AUGUGUGCAUUUGGACUUCCUUUUCUUGAUCAGGCACGGAAGGAGCGAAAUCGAUUGGUCUUGCUGGAGACAGAUUUCAGUACCGGAGAGGAGGCGGAUCCUUGGGAGUCUGAGGGCAGCGAUGUGGAGCUCCUUCAUUCAUCUUUCGUCCGGGGCGGGAAGCGGCGCAGCUCCAACAAACUCGAGAGGCGACGAGAAAGCUCGUCAAAAACAGAAGUGCUUGCGAAGCAGCGCAUACUUCGACGCUUGCAUGUAAGAUACGAUUUCGAAGAUAUCUUCCAACGUGUCUUGGCGGAGGAGCAAGCAGUGAACUUCUUCACUUGUGAGGGCCACAAGCCGGAGCCAGCCAAGAAGAAAACAAAGAAAAGCAAGCAGGCAGAAGAGAAAAAAGAUGACCGCCAGAUUCGCUUUCGAAAUUACAUCCCACGAACGCCAGAGCUCCGGGAUUUUUGCAUGCCGAAGAUAACAUCUGCUGACAUUGAGGCAGAGAUUGACAAAGAAAUCCAAGAGGCCAUCGCCGCAGCUGAGGAUGCAGAAGCAGUGCUGGCCAUUGCACCGCGAAAGCCCAACUGGGACUUGAAGCGGGACGUUGAGCGCAAGAUGCAAACGCUUGCAGCAAGGACGGACCGUGCAGUUGUGCAGCUCAUCCGGCAACGCAUGAAGAAGGAAAGAAGUUUCGAGAUCACUUGUAUACUGGAACUCAAGCAAUCCCAAGGCAUCCUCUGUGUGCGGCUGACUUGCAGGCAUCGGGAGGUCAUCGAGAUGCGCAAUCCAGUUGACCCCGAAGUGAUCUGCCAUGCUCACCUCAACAUGGGCACGUUCCCUUGCAACUACCACUUCAUCUUCGACGGGAGUUUCUGCAGCCUCGGGUGCCAAAGAAUGCACAAAGAGGCACUCUGCAGAUGA